CUUAAUCCCAAAAAUUGCUCCCAAAAAUCUCAGUCAGAACCGAAUCAGUUUCGAAACACAAACCGAAACAACGAAGCUGGUGCACCUAUCAUGGGCUAUGUAUCAGAAUUGUGUCAUCUUUUCUAGAGAAGUGAAUUAGGAUUGGAUGUUCUAAGAUAUUUUUCUUUAAGAAUUUUGUUCUCCCAAAGAAAAGGACUAUGGCAAAAAGGCUUACAUAAUUUUGGUUGAUCAUUAUGAAUCCUCCCUCCAGUAAAAGGAAAAUGACUGACUAUGAAGAAAAUCAUAAUCCACUGAGCAUGAGUCAGAAGGAGCUCAUCCAUUGUCGAGGAUGUGUCUGCUGGACCCUGAGGAAAAAAGAGGAAACAGCUAAUCAAAGCCUCAUUGCAUCAAUUCACCGUGGAUCCGGAUAUCAGUCUAAUGAAGGGAGGGAGCUGUGCACGCGAAACCUCUUUGCUCUUAAGAAGAAGGAUAAGACCAUAACUCCCCUGACGAAGGGCGAUUCAAAGCGGACAGAGAAACCCGAUAUGACGCCUUCGAAAUUCAUCAGAGGAGCCAUAGAGCCUUUGGACUAUGAUGAUGGUACAACGAGGUGGCAGGGAAGAUGCAUCAUCAAAGAGGGUUUAAGUGAUAAUGACUUUAGCUCUGACGAUGACAUAGAUGUGCAAGUCUACUCACAAGAUGAAGAUGAAGAGAAAGAGGAAAAGUCAACCAUAGCAAAGGAGAAUACUUUCUUCAGUUCUAGAUAUAAUCAGGAAUUAAAGAAGAUGAAGGCCGAUCAGUCUCCAAGGCAAGAGGACACUGGCUUGUUAUCACCUCUGGGAAAAUUAUUAACAAGAAAUUUUUCCCCAGAUUGUGACUUAGAUAACCGAAAUCCGCGUGAAAUUCACCAAGAAAAAUUUACUUAUCAUGAGCAAUUGUUGAAACAAAGUUUGGAUUCAAGCCAAAAUAUUGGUAAAGCGAGUGAGGAUAUAUCAAGUAGCAAGUUAAAUAAAGGUCCAUACCAGAAGACAUUUUGUUCACGUGAAAGGUCAGUGAGUUUGGCACUUCCAGAAGACAGUACAGCACAGAGAAAGAAACACAUUUUUCACCAGUGUAAAGACCCGGAAAAGAUACACAAACCAAUUAGUGAUCAUAAGGAUCAGAGCAUUAAUCAUCAGUGUAAAGGCACUUCAUUUAUCUGCAGCUUUAAGACCACGAGCCAAAAUGGGCCAGAGCCAAACAAAACCUAUGGGGUAAGGAAGAUACCAACAGAGAUUUUAGAGGAAGUUGAAGUACGACCUGAGACUUAUCUUUCAAAGGACAAGGACCAUUCCCCCGGUAAAGACCCAAUCAAAGUGAAACUAGACAUUCAGGCUACAGUGGAGACUUUACACAUGCAACGAUUUUCAACAAGUCCUGAGAGCUCACCAUUUGAGAGUGCUAAAUCUCCUAGCAAAGAAAAAAGGUCAAGUAAAGACAGAGACAAGUACAGCAUCUUCGCAAAGGUUUGCACAAAUGAACCACACCACAAACACAGACGGCUGAGUGUCGACAGUGCAAUGUCAGAAAGCAGCGUGAGCUUCUGUGGUUAUCGUAAGAACGGCUGUAACUCCUAUAAUAAGUUCCAACUUUUUGCCCAGCACAGACAUGGCCAAAGUUGUCGAGAAGGAAGUUCUUGUACCCAAAGUUGUCGAGAAGGAGGUUCUUGUACCCAAAGUAAGCAGAACGAGGGUAGUGGGUUUUCAAGAAGUAUAGAUGCUAUUAUGCAGAAUGCCUUAAUUACAUCACCACGUUUCAGGUAUCCGAAGCUCCCCUAUGACCCUCACGCGCUGCAACGUGAGCACUUCUGGCCAGGCUUUGUGGACACGCACUGUCACCUGGAUUUCCUGUUCCGGCGCUGCAACCUGGACUCCGGCAGCCACGCUCGCUUCCGUGCCCAGUGCCAGGGUCACGAUGCCUACCCCGUUGCCUUCGAGGGAUGCGUCGCGGUCUUCUGCCAGCCCUGGACCUUUGGGAAGACCUCAUGGUGGAAGGAAUUUCUAGGAGAGUCAAACGUGUGGGCGGCAUUCGGGUGCCAUCCUCACUACGCCCGUUUCUUCGGUGAGGAGGAGGAAGAGCACCUGAGACUGGCCCUCCUCAACCCGAAGGUCUUGGCACUCGGGGAAAUCGGACUGGAUUACUCCAACAGGAAUAGUCAGCACCCAGAACAACAGAAAUUGGUGUUUAGACGGCAGCUGAAUAUCGCCCUGGAGUACAAAAAACCAAUCGUGAUUCACUGCCGAGAUGCAGAGAGAGACUGCUUGGCGAUUCUGAAAGAGCUUGUCCCUCGUGACUAUUUAAUCCACCGCCACUGCUUCACGGAGGGCUGGGAGGAGGCUCGAGAAUGGCUCGGUGCUUUCAGUAACCUGUACUUGGGCAUAACGGGGCUAGUGACGUUUCCGAACUCAGAGAGAGCGUGGAGACUUCAAGACGUUGUCCGGCAGAUUCCGUUGGGUCGGCUUUUGCUCGAGACUGAUGCCCCUUAUUUCAGGCCUUAUUGUUACCAAGAUAGUGGACGCUGGUCGCACCCAGGCAUGGCCAUCCACGUGGCAGCGCAGGUGGCUUCUGUCCGCGGAGAAAGCAUCCAGAAAGUACUCAAGUAUGCUAGAAAUAACACUAAGGUGGUUUAUGGCAUUUAAGGACAAGUGGGGGAAUGACUCUUUAGCGGAUUGUGUUGCUAGGAAUGAGUGGGAAUGAGAGGGAAUGAUUCUUUAGCGGAUUCUGUUACUAGGAAUGAGUGGGAAUGUCAUGAAUGUGUGAUUCACAUAUUAGUUAAUAUAAGAUUUUUAUUUCACUAUAGAUUCUCUCAUCUACACAUCUAAAAUUGUACAUUGUACGAACUAAAAAUGGAUGUAACAUAAAAUAAACUCAACGAAAAGUGUUUACUCAUAACUUUCUUGCAUGUUUAUUAACCUGAAAAUUUACUUUGACUAUAUUUGUGAGACCUUGGUUAAAUAUUACUUUGCAUUUUAAUUAGAUAUACCAUUGUUGAUUAACAUAACAUAAAGCUGCAAUAAUGAAACUUAAAGUAUUAUUUUGCGUAUAGAAAGUAUUAGUAGUUUCCAGCUUAUCUUGUUUGUGUGACGUGUGACAGAUUUCUCCCUCUGUACGUGUUCCCAGUUUUAGUAAUUCAUAAAAGUAAUAAUCAUAUGUCUAUUUGCCUUACUUUUAAUGCUAUGUGUAAUGUGUACAUCCUGAAUGGCAUUUGUAGCCUUCUGUAAAUUGUAACUGGUUUAAUUUCUCUUUUGCUCAUUAUAGUGCAAAAUGUAAUACAGACAUGUAUAUAUAUUUUUUUAAUGACAGUGGGAGAUUUUUCCACUGGUGGAAAAGCCUGCUGGAUCCCUAGAAUGAAGAAAAUUGUUUAGUUAAUGUAGAGAACAAAGAACUUUUCUGUUUAAUUUAAAAUGCUUUUGUACAGAUUAAAAAUGUUUAUUCCA